GGAAGAAGAAAUAAUGGCGACGCUUGUGGGUUCCGAGUUUACUUGUACUGGAAGAAAACGAAGAAACUCCAACAACAGCAUAGUCACAAAGUUCACGUCCAGUAAAAUCACUGGCAAGGGUUUCAGUCGAGGAACUCAGCUCCCAGGAGGCCUGCUCCAGGAGAGAGAUAAACGUGCCAAGUGGCAUGGCAUCCCUGUUUUGCUUCAGAAGCUCUACGAGAGCAGCCAUCCCAACAGUGACCUCUCCCACGCUCACAGUUUUCUCAAGGUAUUAUCAUCACAGCUCUCCAUGGAGGCCAUGUCCUUUGUCACAGAAGACCGGAAGACUGCUCAGGAAUCCACCUUCCCCAACACGUAUACCUUUGACCUUUUUGGUGGAGUCGAACUGCUUGUGGAAAUCUUGAUGAGACCCACACUAACUAUGCAGAAGAAAAUACCUAAAACAGUGAAUGAUGACUUGGUCAAAGACUGCCUUAGUGUUCUGUACAAUUGUUGUAUAUGUACUGAAGGGGUGACAAAGAGCCUGGCAGCGAGGGACGAUUUUGUUUUGUUUCUCUUCACCCUGAUGACAAACAAGAAGACGUUCCUGCAGACUGCAACUCUUAUUGAAGACAUUCUAGGAGUGAAAAAGGAGAUGAUCCAGCUAGACGGGAUCCCCAACUUGUCCGGCCUGGUCCAAAGCUUUGACCAGCAACAGCUGGCCAACUUUUGUCGCAUCCUGUCUGUCACCAUUUCAGAACCUGACAUCGGGAAUGAUGACAAACACACUUUAUUGGCCAAAAAUGUACAGCAGAAGUGCAACACCAGUCCUUCACGGGCUGAGGUCAACCAGGUCACUCUUCUGAACAUCCCUGGCUUCAUCGAGCGGCUGUGUAAACUCGCUACCAGAAAGGUUUCUGAAGCCACAGGAGCAAAUUUCCUGCAGGAGCUGGAAGACUGGUACACGUGGCUGGACAACGCUCUGGUUCUUGAUGCUCUCAUGCAGAUGGCCACCGAGGAGGGUGAGCAAAGCAACACAGAGUCAUCAGAUGAGAGUUCUCUGGCCACCAGCCCCCUGAGAUAUAGACUGCCUCAGUCCAUGAAGAUUGUCCAUGAGAUCAUGUAUAAAGUGGAAGUGCUCUACGUGCUCUGUGUUCUUCUAAUGGGCCGACAGAGGAAUCAGGUCCACAAGAUGCUGGCUGAGUUCCGCCUCAUCCCGGGUCUCAACAAUCUGUUUGACAAGCUCAUCUGGAGGAAGUACACAGCCUCCAAUCAUGUGGUGCACGGCCAGAAUGAAAACUGCGACUGUAGUCCUGAAAUAUCCUUUAAAAUCCAGUUUUUGCGACUACUUCAGAGCUUCAGUGAUCACCAUGAGAACAAGUAUCUGCUCCUUAAUAAUCAGGAGCUGAAUGAGCUGAGUGCCAUAUCCAUGAAGGCCAACAUCCCUGAGGUGGAAGCUCUGGUCAACACGGACAGAAGCUUAGUUUGUGACGGUAAGAAGGGUCUCCUCACGCGCCUCCUCACUGUCAUGAAGAGGGAGCCUCCCGACUCGUCUUUCAGGUUCUGGCAGGCGAGGGCAGUGGAAAGUUUUCUGAGAGGAGCAACAUCUUACGCAGAUCAAAUGUUUCUUCUAAAGAGAGGUCUAUUAGAGCACAUCCUGUUCUGCAUCAUAGACAGCGGGUGCACGUCUCGAGAUGUCCUUCAGAGCUACUUUGAUCUUCUCGGAGAGCUCAUGAAGUUCAACAUUGAUGCCUUCAAAAGAUUCAACAAAUAUGUCAACACUCCAGAGAAGUUUCAGGCUUUCCUGACCCAGAUUAACAGCUCAUUAGUGGACUCAAACAUGCUGGUGCGCUGCAUUGUCCUUUCUUUGGACCGCUUUGAGAGCCAAACUGAAGAUGUCAAAGUGAUGGAGGUUCUGUCUGAGUGCUGCUUGUUGUCCUACGUGGCUAGAGUUGAGAACAGGCUGUCUUUCCUCUUCCGUCUCAUCAACAUCAUCAAUGUUCAAACUCUCACGCAGGAGAACGUCAGCUGUUUAAACACCAGUCUGGUGAUCCUGAUGCUGGCCAGGAGAAAGGCUAAGCUGCCCUUCUAUCUGAACGCCCUGCGGGAGAAGGAGUACGCCGACAAGUACCCAGGCUGCCUGCUCAACAACUUUCAUUACCUGCUGCGCUUCUGGCAGCGCCACUACCUCAACAAGGACAAAGACAGCACCUGUCUGGAGAACAGCUCCUGCAUCCCGUUCAGCUACUGGAAGGAGACGGUGUCUGUGCUGCUGGACUCAGACAGGACUUCUCGGUGUGCCAUAGUGAGUUACAUUGACGAGCCCUUUGUGGAUCUGGACAGAGACCUGCUGGAGGAUUGACCUCCACUCUGCGCGCUGGGGGCAGGAAGCACGGACACCCAAAGCUGGUGACGAC